AUAUAGUUCAUUUUCUCCAAAUACCGUCUUUUAUGGAUUACCGUACGGCAUUCUCUAUUUCCAACAAGAUAUAGUGAUACUCUUUGUUCUUUUUUUUCAUAAAUGUGAUACUCAUUACUCUCAGCAGCAAAAAAGUCCUCUCUAGGUGGGGGGAGUUGAUUUUGCAGUGUGCUAUCUGAGACCGAGCCUUUGGUUUGGUUGGUGAGAAAUUUGGCUUAAGUUAGGGACUUCAAAAGUUCUUUAAAUAGACUUUGUUGAUUGAAAGUUUCAUGAACUUUGAUGUUGAAAAUUGAACUGUGGAUACUUCAUUUCUGUAGUUAAGAUUCAUAUAGAAGGGGCUGGCUUGAGGGGGUGAAUUUGGUGAUUGUGAAGUGACUCAAUCAAAUUCAAAGGACUCAUGGCAGCAGAGCUGGUGGGUGGGGCAUUUCUCUCAGCCUUCCUUCAAGUGACAUCAAAGACUACUUCCAUGGAAGGAAACUCAUGGAUGAGAUGCUCAAAAGGCUAGAUAUUGUGCUGAAUUCUAUCAACCAAGUGUUGGAGGAUGCUGAGGAAAAGCAGUACAGAAGCCCUAAUGUGAUGAAGUGGCUUGAUGAGCUUAAAGAAGCUAUAUAUGAAGCAGAGUUGCUGUUAGGCGAGGUUGCUACGGAGGCGUCACGACAGAAUCUGGAAGCUGAAUUUCAGCCUGCUACUAGCAAGGUGCGGGGCUUCUUCAUGGCUUUGAUUAAUCCAUUUGACAAAGAAAUUGCAUCUAGGGUCAAAGAAUUACUAGAGAACAUAAAUUUUUUGGCAGAGCAAAUGGAUGUGGUAGGACUGAGAAAGGGAAUUUGUGCUGGCAUUGAAGUUGGAAACUCCCCAAAAGAUUGCCAACUACAUCCUUGGUGGAUGAAUCCACCAUAUGUGGUAGAGAGGGUGAUAAAGAGGAAAUAAUGAAAGUUUUACUUUCAGAUAAUGUCACAUGCAAUCAGGUGCCAGUAGUUAGUAUAGUGGGUAUGGGAGGGAUAGGUAAGACCACCCUUGCACAGCUUGUGUAUAAUGACCAAACGGUACAAGAUCAAUUUGACCUUAAAGCUUGGGUCUAUGUUUCACAAGAUUUUGAUGUUGUUGCUCUUACAAUAGCGAUUCUUAAGGCACUUCGAUCCUUAGCAGCAUAAGAAAAAGACUUGAAUCUGCUUCAACUUGAAUCGAAGCAAAGACUGAUGGGAAAGAAAUUUUUGCUUGUUUUGGAUGAUGUUUGGAAUGAAAACUAUUCGAGUUGGGAGGCACUACAAAUUCCCUUCAUUUAUGGAUUUUCAGGAAGUAGGAUUCUUAUUACCACUCGUAAUGAGAAGGUAACAUCAGUCAUGAACUCCUCCCAAAUACUUCAUUUAAAGCCACUGGAGAAAGAAGAUUGUUGGAAGCUAUUUGCAACUCUUGCAUUUCAUGAUAAGGAUGCCUGCAAAUAUUCAAAUCUUGUAUCAGUUGGUAGUAAAAUUGUUGACAAGUGUGGAGGAUUGCCUUUAGCCAUAAGAACAUUGGGAAAUGUCUUGCAAGCAAAAUUCUCCCAGCAUGAAUGGGUUAAGAUAUUGGAAAGUGAUAUGUAGCACUUAUCAGACAAUGAUAGCAGCAUUAACCCCGCUCUGAGAUUGAGUUACCAUAAUCUUCCUGCCUAUCUGAAAUGUUGUUUUGCUUAUUGCUCCUUAUUUCCCAAAGGUUGAGUUUGACAAGGAUCAGUUAAUCCAGUUGUGGAUGGCAGAAGGUUUGUUGAAUUUCUGGCAAAUAAAUAAGAGUGAAGAAGAGUUAGGUGCUGAGUUCUUCAAUGAUCUAGUGGCAAGGUCUUUCUUCCAACAAUCAAGACGCCAUGGUUCUCACUUCACUAUGCAUGAUCUUCUUAAUGAUUUAGCAAAAUCUAUCUUAGGAGAUUUUUGUUUACAAAUAGACAGAAGUUUUGAGAAAGAUAUAACAAAGAGAACAUGCCACAUUUCAUGCUCUCACAAAUUUAACCUUGAUGAUACA